AAAAGGAAGACAAUAGUGCAAAAAUAUUAAUCAAGAAAAGCAACAAUAUGAAUUGUAUUCCUAGUCAAAGUUUGUUAACAUUCUUGUUUUUCUUUUUUGCAUUUGUGGUGUGUUUGAGAGGUGAUGAUCAAAAUGUGGAUGGAAGUAGCAAUAUUGCUCAAGCUCCAACAAAUGCCAACAAUUCUCAUAAUAUUACUCGUGAUGUUAUCGAUAAAAAGGACACGAAUAAUGGAGGUGGUGGAGGAGGAGGAGGAGGUCGCGGUGGUGGUGGUCGUUGGUGGGGUGGUGGUGGUGGAGGUGGAAGCGGUGGUAAUGGAGGAGGAGGUGGUGGUGGUGGAGGUGGGGGUGGGAGUGGGGGUAUGGGAGGUAGCGGUGGAUGGGGUUGGGGAGGAGGUGGGGGUGGGUGGUGGGCAUGGGGAUGUAGGAAACAAAAAGAGCAUAAUAAUCAUCAUAAACAUUGGCAUAUGAACAAUAAUCAAGAUUACAAGAUAGGUGAAUUUGCACAAUGCAUGGUUAAAAAUAGAUGCAAAGGAAUACGUUUGGAUUGUCCUCUUCAUUGUGGUGGACCUUGUUAUUAUGAUUGUAUACAUAUGUGCAAAGCUCAUUGUCGUCGUCCCAAUCCUGCUAAGUUCAAUUGAAUGAAUCUAUUAAGUCAAAAAAAAACAUACAUAGCUGCAAGGAUGAUGCAUCACCUAUAUAUGAUUCUUGUUUGGGAGUUGAAACGAACACGUCUGCUAUCUAUUGUACUGUGUUCUUUUUUUGCUAUAGUGUGUGGUAUUAAUUUUGCUAGAAAUUAAGUGAAUUGGAAAUUGGUAGACUCAUUGAGAUUGGCUGGUAACUUGUAAAUUAGUAAAAGCAAGCAUUGUGUUUUACUGUAUAGUUUUUUCUUAGCUCUCUAAAUUUGAGGGUUAAAAGUACAUUUCUUUUAUUAAUUUUGAUAUUGAUUUUUUUUAGCCACACUUGUUGGCAAAGGUAUGUGCUUAAUUAAAUUUGCCUCAA